AUGGAGAACUCCAGCCAGGUAGCACCCCACAGCGCUGAAGAUCUCUCCGCACUUGAGCAGCCCCAGCACCAGAGACCAGUCCACAUGAACCCUCCUCUGGUAACCCCAAUCCAUUCGGCUAGGAGAGAGAAGAUCAAAUGGCCAAAGAUGCCAGACAACAUCGUGUGGAUGCAGCUUGAUGACGACCUCGAUGGCAUCCUGGAAGCAAUCUCAUCAGGCCCAGUACACAAGAAGGUUGACUCAAUCACAACCAUAGUGUACAACCUCGCCAAGGAACGGCCUGGAAAACCAUCAACUGAGCUGAAUACGAAAGAACCCAUGUGGCAGGAAGUUCAGGACAUCGUCCGCAAAGCCAAAUCAUCAGCUGCCCCCGGUCCAAGUGGUAUACCAUAUAAGGUGUACAAGAAAUGCCCAAAACUCCUUCGGAGGUUGUGGAAGAUCAUGAGGAAGAUCUGGGCCAAGGGUACAAUUCCACCAAGCUGGAAAUUGGCAGAAGGAUGUUUUGUUCCAAAAGAGGAGGGGUCCUCCGCAAUCUCCCAGUUCAGGACAAUCUCCCUCCUGAAUGUAGAGUGCAAGAUCUUCUUCUCAGCGCUGGCAAGAAGGAUCACCUCUUACAUGACGCAAAACCACUACAUCAAUACAUCCAUCCAGAAAGGUGGCAUCCCAGGCUUUUCGGGCUGUCUGGAACACACCUCGAUGAUCAGCCAAUUGAUUCGAGAAGCAAAGCAGAACAGAAGCGACCUAACAGUUGUCUGGCUAGAUCUCGCUUAUGGGUCAAUCCCACAUGACCUCAUCCAAGAAGGACUUGACCACUAUUACAUCCCAGUGGCGAUUCAAGACAUGAUCACCACCUAUCUGGCUGGGUUCAAACUCAGAUUUACAUCAGCCCUUUUCACCACCAGCUGGCCGGACCUCCAACUGGGGAAGUGGUUCAAUGUGUCACUGACAGAUGGUGCCAAUGUUGCUGAGUCUGUGAAGCAGACUGAGGAGUGGCUGAAGAAGACUGAUACAUCUUUACUUCCGGGCAAGUUCAAGACCUGGCUGUACCAACACAGCCUCUUGCCCAGGCUCCUUUGGCUCUUCACUGUCUACGAGUUCCCCAUGACUGCCGUAGAGGCCAUUGAGAGGAAGACCAACAAGCAUAUACGAAGAUGGCUGGGCAUUCCCCCAAGUUUCUCCUCAGUGGGCCUUUACAACCUGUCUGGGCAGCUGCAACUCCCCCUGUCAUCAGUCGUGGAGGAGUACAAGGUUGCGAAAUGCAGAGUCGUGUUAAGCCUGAGGGAUUCCAACGACGACCUGGUAAAACAAGCAGGUGUCACAACCAGGUCCGGGAGCAAGUGGGCUACCAAUGCAACUGUGGAGCAGGCAGUGUGCUCUCUAAAGCUGCGAGACAUCAUCUGCAACCAAUGUGUCCAUCGGCAAGGCCUCGGCUCUGUUCAUUUCCAAUCUUGGGGGGACGCAAAUGCAAGGACCAGACGAGACAUGGUGCAGGGGGAGGUCCACAGCAGAGAGGAGGAGAAACGGAUAGCCAGGGCAGUGGAACAAGGUUCCCAGGGGGCUUGGACAAAAUGGGAUCUGCCCAAGCGCAAGGUCACGUGGCGAGAGCUGUGGCGACUGGAGUCUUACCAUAUCUCCUUCCUCUUGAGAGCGGGAGAGAGGCAAGAAGAGGCCAGCUGGCACAGUCUCAGGGAGAGCGAUCACUUUCCUUAA